AAAUGUGUAUAUUAGGCAAACGAUUCUUUAGCAUCAUACUCUUACUAUCUUGGGCUUAAGUUUGGGUCAACCCCGUAACCCAACACCCUUACCAUCAGUAUGGGCUCAUACGAAUAUACGAUAUCCAUAUUAGUUCAGUUGACUGCUAUCUAAAUUUAUAUUUAGCGUUGUGACGUAAUGAGUAAAACAUAUAACUAAUUAUUUAGAAAAGUAAUCAUACUUGUACAUAGUUAAAUACCAUAGUGGAGUUAUCACGAAUUUAGUUUAAUCUUUGUGACACAAACAUGGCGAAUGUAUUGUUAGCCUUUUCGGUAUCAGAGCAAUAACUCAUGUUUUUCAAAGUGUGUACCAAUUCCAAUAUACCUUUUCAGCUCUCCAGCGUCCACCAUGAAAUGUGAAACAUAAUAUUCUCUCUGCAAACAUAUAAACUACUAUUUUUGCUCAACUAAAGUUUACAUAGUGUUUAGGCUGUAACUGGUAAUUAGUAAAAAGAAUAGUUGGGAUGAAAAGAUAAUUAUUAAUAAAAUUUGAUAGAAAUGAAAUUUAUAUUUUAUUAUUUCACCACUUUUCAACCUCAAACGAUUAUUUAAAUAAAAUAUUAUCUUUCAUUCAAUGAUAUAAAAUAAUAUGAAAUAAAAUAGUUUGUCAUAUAACUAAUGAAUAUUACUAACAAUAUAAAAGAAAUAAAUACUUGUAAAGAUUUUAUUCCAUAAGAGUAUAACCCAGUUUCACCAUGUAUAAACCGAUAAGAAUAUAACAGAAAAGAGCUAAACAUAGCUUUCACUAAUUUAAAACAAAAAGGUAUGCAGUUGAACACUCUGAAAAUUUUCAAAGUUAUCAAUUUGAAAGACAAGAGUUUGAAUAUUUUGUUUUAGGUUUAGCUUCUUUUUUUAACUGCUGCCUACCAAUUUGAUUGUAAUAGUAAACUCAAAACGACUUAUCCACACACACACACAAUCACAAAAAAAUGCUUUUGACUUAAAACUUCUUUAAAUAAACAAGAAAAUAAUUACAUAAUACAUACUUCAACGCACGUUAUACUACCACUUACGUGCGUCCAACGAAACAAAAAAAAGAAAACAUUACAAAUUUUAAAUAAAUUAUUCAACUUCAUGCUAAUCCUCACAUUGUCUCUCCUCCUCCACCAUCUCCACCACCACCGUCAACGCCCUCUCCGGAAACAAUGGAGGAAGAACGUUACCGUCAUCUCCUCCUCCUCCUCAUUGUUUCCCUCUUCUUCAUCAAAACCCAUUCCUCCUUCACUCCUUCCGACAACUACCUCAUCAACUGCGGCUCCUCCGCCGAGACAAAACUCCCGGACGGUCGGACUUUCAAAUCCGACCAACAGUCUGUCUCCUUCCUCCAAACCGAAGAAGACAUCAAAACCUCCGUCGACACCAUCCCCGCCUCCUCCGACACCCUCCCUUUAUACCUAACCGCCCGCAUCUUCCCCGGAAAAGCAACUUACUCCUUCUACAUCUCCCGCCCCGGCCGCCACUGGAUCCGCCUCCACUUCUACCCUCUCCCUCACCCUCUCUACAACCUCACCGACUCCGUCUUCUCCGUCACCACCGACACAACCGUUCUCUUACACGACUUCUCGGCCACAAGUUCCUCCUCAGUCGUUUUCAAAGAGUAUCUCGUCUACGCAUCCGAGAAGCUCUCUUUGUAUUUCAAACACCACAAAGGCUCCAUAGCUUUCAUCAACGCCGUGGAGAUAGUCUCCGUCCCCGACGAGCUUGUCCCUGACUCUGCUUCCUCUGUUCCGCAAUCUCCUGACUUCAAGGGCCUAAGCAGCUUCUCUCUCCAAGUCUCUCACCGUUUAAACAUUGGAGGAGACCAAGUCUCCUCCAAGAUCGAUCCUCUCUCUCGCACAUGGCUCUCUGACAAGCCCUACAACUCUUUCCCCCAAGGCACUCGAAACGUCACCGUCGAUCCCAAGACCAUAACUUACCCUGAAGGGGGAGCCACGGAGCUCAUCGCUCCUAAUCCGGUUUACGCAUCGGCCUCAGAGAUGGCCGAUGCGCAAACCAGUGAGCCUAAUUUUAAUCUCUCGUGGAGCGCGAACGUUGACUCUGGUCAUGAUUAUUUCAUCAGGCUCCACUUUUGUGACGUUGUGAGCAAGUCUCUUAACGAACUUGUCUUCAAUGUUUUCAUCAACAAGUUCAUCGCGAUCUCUGGACUCGAUCUUUCGACCAAGACCAACGCUCUAGGGACGGCUUAUUACGCGGACUUCGUGCUCAACGCGUCCGCUAUCACCAACGGGUCCAUCCUGGUUCAGGUCGGUCCGACGCCUAACCUACAAUCAGGUAAACCCAAUGCGAUUCUCAACGGUUUAGAGAUCAUGAAGCUGAACAACGCGGCCGGGAGUCUAGACGGGCUUUUCGGGGUCGAUGGGAAGUACAGAGGACCGAGUAUUGGGAUGUCCUCUAAGAAGCUAGCCAUUGCGGGUAUCGGGUUCGUCAUGGGUCUAACCGCUUUCUUCGGGGUUGUUGUGCUGCUUGUUAGAUGGCAGAGACGUCCCAAAGACUGGCAAAAACAGAACAGUUUCUCCUCGUGGUUGCUUCCUUUGCACGCAGGACACUCGAGUUUCAUGUCAAGCAAGGGCGGGUCAACAACAUCGAGGAAAAUGAGUAUCUUCGGGUCGAAGAAAAGCAAGAGUAAUGGCUUCUCUAGCUUCUUCUCAAACCAAGGGUUAGGUCGUUACUUCCCCUUCACGGAACUGCAGACCGCGACGCAGAACUUCGAUGAGAAGUCUGUGAUCGGUGUUGGAGGAUUCGGGAAAGUGUAUAUCGGAGAGAUAGACGGUGGGACGCAAGUGGCUAUUAAAAGAGGGAACCAGAGUUCAGAGCAAGGGAUCAACGAGUUUCAGACAGAGAUUCAGAUGCUGUCCAAACUCAGACACAGACACUUGGUCUCUCUUAUAGGGUUCUGUGAUGAAAACAAAGAGAUGAUUCUUGUCUAUGAGUACAUGUCAAACGGUCCUCUACGUGAUCAUUUAUACGGCUCUAAAGAAAACGACCCUAACCCUAUACCUACCUUGUCGUGGAAGCAACGUCUAGAGAUUUGCAUCGGCUCAGCGCGUGGACUCCACUAUCUCCACACGGGUGCAGCGCAGGGGAUCAUCCACCGUGACGUCAAAACCACGAACAUUCUCUUGGACGAGAACCUUGUCGCUAAAGUCUCAGACUUUGGACUUUCCAAAGAUGCCCCUAUGGAACAAGGGCAUGUAAGUACAGCUGUGAAGGGUAGUUUCGGGUAUUUAGAUCCUGAGUACUUCAGAAGACAGCAACUCACUGACAAGUCAGAUGUUUACUCGUUCGGUGUGGUGUUGUUCGAGGUUCUAUGUGCUAGGCCGGUUAUAAACCCACAGUUACCUAGAGAGCAAGUUAACCUAGCAGAGUAUGCUAUGAACUUGCAUAGAAAAGGCAAGUUGGAGACAAUCAUUGACCCUAAGAUUGUCGGAACGAUUAGUAAGGGUUCCUUGAGGAAGUUUGUGGAGGCUGCAGAGAAGUGUUUGGCUGAGUAUGGUGUUGAUAGGCCUGGAAUGGGAGAUGUGUUGUGGAAUCUUGAAUAUGCUUUGCAGCUUCAAGAAGCUUCAGCUCAAGUUGAUUUGUCUGAAGAUAAGAGUACAAUGAAUAUUCAGGUGGAAUUUUCCGGCGAGGCGAUGCAAUCUCCGCCGCAUCCUUUGCUGUGACAUCCCCGGUUUUUAAGUGUGAUUUCUUUGUUUGUUUGUUUAGUUUGGCUUUCAUAAAGAUGUAGGAUUCAAGAAAGCCUUUGGUUUGAUUGUUUUUUUUUCUUUCUUAAUUGCAGUUUCAGUUUAUUUAUUUCCUUUGAUUUUAAGGAAAUGAUACUUUUUAAAAUUUGUGAUUUUUCUUUAAAAGACAUGGGGUUGUCUUGUAGAUUAUGUUGUGUAUAAUUUUAUUUCAUCUUUUUAAUAAGUUUCUUUGUA